AUAGAUAUUAGAAUUUGUAGAGACAAGUGUGCAAAAACAACAAAAAUGAGUGAAUGUCAAAAUUUUAAAUGAAUUGAACUCAAGUAUUGAACAAAAUUUAAGGUGCAGUUAUAUCAUCUCAUUUAGUAAUUAUCAUUCAAAAUAGAGCAUUCGAUACUUUGGCUUGUCGCUUACACAGCGGCUAGCUUAUUAUUUUACAUAAUAGUUUCAAUAUGGAACCCCAAAAAACCACUGCUAAGAACCUUGAAGAACGCGAAAAGGGUGCUCAUUGUUACAGCACACCCAGAUGAUGAAAGUAUGUUUUUUGGACCAACGGUUCUACAAUUUAAUAAAAUGGGAUGUGAAAUAUAUUUAGUCUGUCUUUCUACUGGAAAUCAUUCAGACUUAGGUAAAACUAGAAAAUAUGAACUAUAUGAGGCUUGUAAAGUAUUAGGCAUAUCGGAAGAUAGAAUAACUAUACAUAAUGACCAAUUUUUACCUGACAAUCCAAAUGUGAUGUGGAAAGAAGAUUUAAUCGGAUCUAUUAUUAUGAAUUAUGUACAAAGUUUAAAUGUUGAUACUUUAGUUUCAUUUGACAAACAGGGUAUUAGUCAACAUCCGAAUCACAAAGCUAUUUAUUACGCCAUUGCCUAUUUGGUUAUGGAGAACCAAUUACCAAGUUAUUGCAGAGCUUAUACAUUAGAAACGGUUAAUAUAUUUCGAAAAUAUUCACUGUUUUUAGAUAUACCUAUUAGUUUUUUAUCAUCUUCUUACUGGUCAAUAUUAAAUUGGAAAGAAAGAAAAAGAAUUCAAAAAGCAAUGAAAGAACAUAAUUCUCAGAUGGUCUGGUUUAGAUCAUUGUACAUCACGUUUUCUCGCUAUAUGCUUGUGAACACCUUGGAAGAAAUUACUUUCCAUAAUGCACUAAAUAAUUUAUCACAAGAAGAGGAUAAAGAAAAUUAAUUUAUAUACCCAAAUAACAAAUUCAA